AUGUCUCUCGCAUCGACGAGCUGUUACUGGCCCAAUGGGCAGCUGGUGACGGAGUACAACUACCAACCAUGCAACGCAGGCAGCGAUUCUAAGCAUGCGGCAUGCUGUGAUCUGCGCACGAGUGUCUGCACAGAAUACGGAUACUGUAUCGGGAAUGCCAACUACAUAUACCGCGGUGGAUGCACAGACUCGACGUGGUUGUCGUCGAGCUGCGCUCAAGCUUGCUCCUUUCAAGUCGAGGCAAAUAUCUCCAAUUUUGCAAAUAUCCUCAAUUGCGACUCGGGCGUGGCCUCCGCGACUCAGGAUCAGACCUGGUGCUGCGCGGUGGAUGGUUCGAGCUGCUGCGACAGCAGCUUUGCGGUAGCCUUCGGCAGACCGUAUUUCCCAACGAGUAGCACGUCCACCGUUGCCAGCACCUCGACGACUGUCUCUUCUUCCGGCACGGAAAAGACUUCAGCAACCACAGCAACCACUGGUCCUGCAGCACCCACGACGCCGAGCACAAACAACCGUACCGACACACGGUCGAUCGGCAUAGGCGUGGGGGUAGGUGUUGGCGUUGGCGCUCUGGUCGUCGGCAUUAUGGCGUUUUGGUUCGUCAGAGAGCGAAAGAGGAGGGUCACAGCCGAGCAGAGGUUCCAGGCGAUGGCAGCAGUCGGCGGUCACGAUCCCUCCUUCAUCGCGAAACCGGAACUGGAGCAGCCAUCACACGACCACGCUCGUAUACCAUAUUCGAGGAUGCACGAGGCGAAUUCGCAGUCAUUAUACGAAGUGCAAGGGUGA